GUGGGAGGCAGCUCUGACUCCGCGCCCCACCGCUCCCCUCGGGCUGUUGCAGGGCAGCUCCCUGCUGGCAGCCCAACCAGGAACCGCUGGAGGAGGCAUGGGAGACCUGUAAAGUGUAUCUGCUGUUUGCUAAACUGGAGGCAACUGAAAGUCUUAGACUGUUCAGAUCACUACAGUGAAAAUCCUUGGAAAUGCUACCAUUUCAUCCUGCUGCUUAAUAAAACAGAGCAGUGGUCAACAUAGCGCAAGGAGGAGAAAUGGUUUUGUGUGCUUCAUGGGCCAGAUGUCAUUCAUAUAACAGUGGAAGGCUUUAUCAGCUCUUGCCGAGGCUUUCCCCUGCACUCAGCACUCAAGGCUGGAGCUAUAGUGGAGGAAAAUGGAGCCUGCAGAUCUCCUGGCAUUUGCCUCUGUAGAAAUGAAUAGUACAAGAAUCACUCUGGCUUUGCUGGUGGUCUUCCUGGUCCUGCUGUAUUGGUACUCCACCUCUGCAUUCUCCAAACUAAGCAGAGUCGGGAUCCGACAUCCUCCACCUCUUCCUUUCAUUGGAAAUCUGCUCUUUUUCAGUGAGGGUUUUUGGGAAAACCACACAAAACUCAUUACAGAAUAUGGACCUGUUUGUGGGUAUUACAUUGGUCGCCAGAUGUUUGUGGUGGUCUCCUCACCAGACAUGAUCAAGCAAAUCUUAGUGACAGACUUCAGUAACUUCACCAACAGAACUAAGCCGAACUUGAUUUCCAAGCCAAUGCUUGACAGCAUCCUUUGUCUUCGAGAUGACAGAUGGAAGUAUGUGCGGAGCCUCCUGACCCCAGCGUUCAGCGACACCAAACUGAAAGAGAUGACACCACUAAUAAACCAGGCCUGUGACAUCCUGCUGUGUAACUUGAAAGUCUACGCAGAUUCUGGCAAAGCUUUUGAUAUCCAGAGGUGUUACAACUGCUUUACGUUGGAUGUCGUUGGUAGCGUAGCUUUUGGUACUGAUGUGGAUUCCAAGAAGAAUCCUGAUGACCCCUUUGUUAAGAAUUGUAGAACAUUCUUUGAAAUGUCUUUGUUUAAGCCUCUCCUCAUUCUAAUCCUUUCUUUCCCAUUCAUAAUGAUCCCACUGCUACGCAUUUUUCCAAACAAGAAACAAAAGGAACUGAAUGGAUUUUUUAUCCAAACCAUAAAAAAUGCAAUUGUCUACAGGCACCAGCAAGAUGCAGCUGAGAGGCGCAGUGAUUUUCUCCAGUGGAUGCUUGACUCCCGUGACUCAGCCGACUCUCUGGCAGCCGGGUGUUCUGAUGUGAUCAGCCCAUCUGCUGCUUCCAGGCAGAAUGAGGCGCCUCUUCCUGGCAGGGCCCCAUCUGAAAAGGUUCAGAAGACAUUAACAGAGGAUGAGAUAGCAGGCCAAGCUUUCCUGUUCCUGAUUGCUGGGUAUGAGACCACCACUAGCACGCUGUCCUUUGCCACAUACUUGCUAGCCACCAACCCAGAGUGCCAAGAGAAGGUGCUUCAGGAAGUUGAUGAGUUCUCUGCAAAACACAUGGUCCCUGAUUACCAAAAUGUACAAGAACUCUCUUAUCUGGACAUGGUGAUUGCAGAGACAUUGCGCAUGUACCCACCUGCAUUCAGAUUCACUCGGGAAGCAGCUAAAGACUGUGUAGUGCUGGGGCAGCAUAUUCCAGCUGGGGCUGUCAUUGAAACUGCAGUUGGACACCUCCACCAUAAUCCUGAGUUCUGGCCAGAGCCUGAGAAGUUCAUUCCUGAGAGGUUUACAGAGGAGGCCAAGAAGAAACGACAUCCCUUUGCAUAUCUGCCCUUUGGGGCAGGACCUCGUGGCUGCAUUGGCAUGAAAAUGGGUUUGUUGGAGACAAAAAUGACUCUGCUGAGGAUUUUGCAGAAGUUUCAAUUCAAGACCUGCCCAGAGACUGAGAUUCCUUUAAAGCUCAAAUCAAAAGCCACACUUGGACCAAAAAAUGGAGUCUACAUUAUGCUAGAAUCUCGCUAAAAGAAAAUGCACAUCCUGAAGCCUACUGGGAUGAGACCCUUUGUUAGUGACUCACUAACGAAAUAUAAUUAUUUUUCAAAACCCCAAAGACAGCUAGGAGCCUAAGUCCCACUGAUGGUCAGUAGGUGCUUCCUCAGUGCCCUCCUGUGGGAGAGCCUCCAGUCACCUUUUAAAAUGGGCUCCACAGUCUUUUUUGGCAGUUUUCAAAUCACUGUGAAUAGCAUCUGUAAAGUAGCAUCCCACUUUCACUUGCUUUUCACUCAUCUUUGAGAAUGCUUUCCUCCUGCUCAAUUUCAACAAAUGGAGCAGGUGUUAAGCGUACAAGCAAUUUAAAAUAGAUUUUAAUUACAAUUCAUUAUAUGGCACAUCCUUCUCAUGCACUUCAAAGUUUCUACUCUAGAGAAAGCCCAAAAGGCACCACAAUUACAACAGAAAACCUGAGAUGCAGUGCAUUGGAUUUUGUCAUCAACUCUGCUAACAAUCAAAGCUGAGGCUCCUGCACAAUGCUUAAUCUCUUCCUGUGUCUGUAAAAUGGAAAGAGUUGCACCUCCUUCAUGCUUUGAAGUGAUUUUAUAUACACUUAAAUUAACAAUUUGCACUUGGCACGUUGCAUUGAUAGAGGAAUGAGGAGUUUCCCUGCUUACCAGUUAAGUUCCAGUAGCUAAGACCAAGGAAAUGAGCUGACUGCCAUUUUGCUGGCUACUGAACUGCUGUUGGAAAACUGGAGAAAAAGAAGAUACAAAUUUAAAACAAGCAGGAAAACCGAAG